CCUCUAUAAGAUGACGGCCAUAUUUGGUGCUUAACGGUAUCUAUUGCGGCUGUUGGACUGUGUUUUCAUGUUGUUUAUUCCAAGUGGAUGUGAAGGUGUAAAGUGAAAUUUUAUUUCAUACGAUUGAACAAAAAACUAUUUUAACUCUGUAAAUCUCGAGAUCUCCGCUGACGAGACACCAUAUCUUGUCAAGUGAUAAACUCUUUUAUUGUGUUGUCAUGGCGACCGAGGUAGAAUCACCGCCACAAUUGAACCAUGCUAGUCAGGUGAAUUCGGAGCACAAGACCACAACCAAUGAUCAGGGAUGGAAAUCCAAGAUCAAAAUGCCAAAAAGGGACACAAGAAUUAGAACUACAGACGUGACCAAUACAAAAGGCAAUGAAUUUGAAGACUUCUGUUUGAUGAGAGAGCUGUUGAUGGGAAUCUUCGAGAAGGGGUGGGAGAAGCCCUCGCCCAUUCAGGAAGCAAGCAUUCCGAUUGCCCUCACAGGUCGGGACAUCCUGGCGAGGGCGAAGAAUGGCACGGGGAAGACUGGAGCUUACGCCAUCCCGAUUCUAGAACGGUGCGACCCAAACAAAGAUGAAGUGCAAGCACUGGUAAUAGUUCCGACGCGGGAACUUGCGCUGCAGACGAGUCAGAUCUGUAUCGAACUGUGUAAACACACUGGCUGCAAGGUCAUGGUCACAACGGGAGGAACCAAUCUGAAAGAAGACAUUAUGAGACUUUACGAUCCUGUGCACUGUAUCAUAGCAACCCCAGGGCGUAUCCUUGAUCUCAUGAACAAAAACCUGGUGAAAAUAGGCAAAUGUGGUAUACUGGUUUUAGACGAGGCUGACAAGCUGUUAUCUCAGGACUUCAAGGGGAUGCUGGACGGCAUCAUCAGCUACCUGCCGUCCAGCAGGCAGAUUCUCCUGUACUCGGCCACGUUCCCGCUCACCGUCGAGGAGUUUAUGACUAAGUACCUGACGAACCCCUAUGAGAUUAACUUGAUGGACGAGCUGACGCUGAAGGGAGUCACACAGUAUUAUGCCUUCGUGCAGGAGAAACAGAAGGUCCACUGUCUCAAUACGCUCUUCUCAAAGUUGCAAAUUAACCAGUCGAUAAUCUUCUGCAACUCGACUCAGCGCGUGGAGCUGCUGGCAAAAAAGAUAACAGAGCUCGGCUACUCGUGCUACUACAUCCACGCUAAGAUGAACCAGCAGCACCGGAACCGCGUCUUCCACGACUUCAGGCAGGGCCUCUGCAGAAACCUCGUCUGCUCGGAUCUCUUCACAAGAGGUAUUGAUAUUCAGGCGGUGAAUGUCGUGAUCAACUUUGAUUUCCCCAAACACGCCGAGACGUAUCUGCACAGAAUUGGACGCUCCGGCAGAUACGGGCAUCUUGGCGUGGCCAUAAACCUCAUCACUUACGAAGACAGAUUUGCGCUGCACAAGAUUGAGCAGGAGUUGGGAACGGAAAUCAAACCCAUUCCGAAACAGAUCGACCCGUCCUUGUAUGUCGCGGACUUCCACCGCGAGCGUGACGAUGACGACGACCCAGCACAGUUCGCCGGCGGGCCAGACAGACGCUGAACGACCGUUUCCAUGACAACCAUUUGGGAAGAGAUAGAAUCGCAGGCAGAAUUUGGUCAAAAUUCGUCCAUUUUUUUUAAAAAAAACAAACAUUUUUCGUCUUCUGAUAUUUCCAGUAAAAUGGCCAAAUUACAAGUGUACAUAAUUUACUGAUACAGAUUACUCUGUCCAGGAUAUUUUUUGAAUGAGAAUUUUUUUUUUUUUUUUUUUUUGAAACAAGCAGUUCCUGUAAUGUUUAUUCAGCCAAAGAAUUUGUAAAUUAAUUUUCUUUCUUUUUUGUUAUCUGCUUGGCACAACUCAAAAGUGUUGGAGGAAUGUGCUGUUAUAUAAGCAGAUUAUUAUUAUUAUUGUUGAUUUUUAUUUUAGUAAUUUUUUUUUUCAUUAUGUUAGAUACAUAGCAAGUUAGGGAAACAAAAAGAGCUGAAAACAAA